AUGAAAUCAAUGGGCAGAAUAUUACCGAUCGUUUUAAUUCUAUUAGCAUUUUCUUUUAGUAUAACUCAUGCUGCUUUAACAUGUUAUUCAUGUAAUGAUUGUGGAACUUCAUGGGAUGCAUCAAAGGCUACUAUAGUUCAAACAUCUGGUGCUAAUGACUAUUGUCGAAAAACAGUAACGGGAUCAAGUGUUAGCAAAGAUUUUUCUUCGUCGUGUACAUCUGUUAAUGUUCUUGGUAAUGGAGUUUUUUGCUGUCAAUCGGAUUUGUGUAAUUCAGCAAAUAAACGAUCAAUAACAAUGAUUCAUCUUGAAAUUUCGAUGGGUUUCAUAUGGAUAAUUUAUCAUUAUUGGUAUUAG